AGAUUCGUCGGCAAUGGUUCAACACUCACAACUCAACCAACCCAACUCUCAUACAAUCCUCAUCACAACCUUAACUUAUUUCUCAUCACCAUGUCCAACUACAACGAGCCCAACAAGACCACAGGCCAGUACCACUCCAUGAAGGGCAACGCCGUCGAGGCGAUCGGAAACCUCACCGGCGCCCAGUCAUGGACGCAGUCCGGCAAGGAAGAGCACGCCGCGGGCGAGACCGAGUACAAGGCCUCACAGGCCAAGGGCUACGCCGAGGGCGCCAAGGACCGCGCCGGCGGCUACAAGGACAGCGUCGUCGGCGCCGUCACUGGCGACAAGUCCCAGCAGGCACAGGGCAACGUUCGCAAUGAGCAGGGCCAGGCCCAGCAGGACUUCAACAAGAACGCUUCAUAGGCGGCGCCGGAAUAUACCAUCGUUGACGCCCAUGCAAACGCGCAUAUGUACUAUAUCAGUCAUAGUGUAACAUAACCUGUAGCCCAUAAUAACAGCUUCACC